AUGACAUCUCGUGCACCCACAGGAUGGUCAACAUCCAGGCGCGCAAUGCACUACAAGGCCGUUUUACCCGAAAAAGACGAUGGACUUUUUCUGAAUCUUCAUAAAAAAGUGAGGAAAAGUUUAUUACCAAAGGGAAGUCGCGAUGAGAAAGAUAAUGUGAAGAUAGCACAAAGAAUUUUAGCCAGACAAAGAAGACUGCAUGAAAAGCAGCGACAAUCUCGAUGGAAUAACACCGACUCCUCCGAUUUGGAUUUAAUGUCAUAUAAACCGAAUUAUGAUUCCUCCGUGUCGACUACUGCCGCCAAUACCUCACAUUUGUUACAUAAACGACAAAUUUAUUUGCCACCCGUUGGCAGGACAACGUGUAUGACUUCGGAUUUAAGCUACACCUCUGACGACAUUGACCGCAUAGUGAUGAGACUAACAAUGUGUGACUUUGCUAGGAUACCCGAAUCUAAAGGAUAUGCAAAAAUAACACCACAAACCAAACGGCGUGGUAAAUUGCACACUUAUAGGGAAGUAACGAGUAUUGUGGACCGACUGUCGGACUUUGACCAACAAAAACAUCCACCCGAAUCCCGCGGCGACUCCUCCGCUGUACGACGUAUAAAGGAAUGGAAAAAACAAGCAAUGACUUAA